AAGAAGAAACUAAACUCGACAAGGCGGCAGGCACUGAAGGCGGCCAACGAGGGUUUGAGAUUUUUUGAAGAACACCUGCUUCCGGAUGCGAUGGCGACGACGAUGACGCAGGUCGUUUGCUGCUAUAACCGCCGCCUGCUCCGCCUCUCGCUUCCCUCAUCUUCUACCCAGACGCCGUCUGGAUCCCGUCGUCGAAGCUUCCCCAUUCCUCGCGCCGCAUUCCCAUACUCUAUGCUUCGGUGGGAACGCCGUAGCUUUAGCUUCGGGAAAGUUUCCGGCGGUCGAUCGAAAGUGUUUUCCUAUUUGCCUGAUUCGGAGAAGUCCAAUGGUGCUGCGGACAGGGAGGCCAAUUCCUCCAAUUUCGACUCGGAUACCAGAAGGUCCUCAGUUGUCUCGAAGGGAUCUUCUUCGAUCGCUCGGUCUGAGUCUAAUGGAAAGGGAAGUUUUGGUUCCAUUAGUGGGAAGUCAGGGUCUGCCUCUUUCUGUGGAUUAACUCACCAGACGGUGGAAGAGAGAAAGCUGGCUUCUCCCCCUCUCAAGGAUGGCACAGGAUCUCUCGUGUGGGUCUUGGGUCCUCUAGCUCUGAUAUCUUCGGCAGUGCUUCCCCAAUUUUUUCUCAGAAGUGUAAUUGAAUCAGUCCUGAGAGAUGAGGUCCUUUCAGAGAUUGUUGCCUCAUUAUCUGCAGAAAUAAUAUUCUAUGCUGGGCUUGCUGCAUUUUUAUCCAUUACUGAUCAUGUUCAGCGUCCAUAUCUUGAAUUCAGUCCAAAAAGGUGGAGCCUUAUCACAGGCCUUAGAGGAUACCUUUCAUAUUCCUUCUUCACCAUGGGUUUCAAGAUUUUUGCACCUCUUCUUGCUGCCUAUGUUGUUUGGCCAGUUAUUGGUCUUCCUGCUGUUGUUGCAGUUACCCCGUUUCUAUUGGGAUGUGCCGUACAAUAUGCAUUUGAGAUACGCCUCACUGACUGCAAUUCUUCUUGUUGGCCUACAUUGCCAAUAAUCUUUGAGGUUUAUAGAUUGUAUCAGUUGAGCAAGGCAGCAAACUUUAUGGAAAGGUUAAUGUUCUUAAUGAGAGAUGCAUCAACAAACUCAGCAAUGGAAAGGAGUAGUGCAUUAAUUUCCAUGUUAGCUGUUUUCCAAGUUCUUGGUGUGGUUUGUUUAUGGUCUCUAGUAACUUUUCUUCUGAGACUUUUCCCGUCUAGACCUGUGGCCGAGAAUUAUUAAAGAUUUAGUAAAACAAGUUUUAUGUCAUCAUCGUAGACAAAGUAACUCUGAAGCAGAAGCGCAAUCCUGAUGAACAGUUGCUUCAACACAAGUGACAAAUGCAAACUGGUUUCGAGAUGAUGGGAUAUGUUGUGCCUGUUACAAUUUUGUUAUUUAACUGAAAAUUCCAUAUGAGCUUGAUGACAUGUUUCUACAACAGCUUGUUAAUUAGAUGCAGUUGUUUUACUACUUCUGUUUACAUCUUCAGCAAUUCUGAGGUUGAUGUAGUUCUUAGCCGAAAAACUUUGAUGCUUAGAACAUCUUGCACUGUUUGCAAUCAUAAACCGUCUUGUUUGUUUGGAA